CCCUUCCUGUUAUCUGAUAAUAACAGCGAUGGCGGCUGCUGCAAGGCUAUUUAUCCGAGGUGCCCACUCACCACUUGCUAUCUCUGGUGUUGGCAUUGGGAGGCAGAACUCUUUAUUGAAACUGUCGGCAGGUUGCAGCUCUCGUUUAAAAACGCAAAGACAUGCCGCUCACUUCACCUUCCAGCCCGACCCCCCUACGACGGAAUAUGGUGACACACAGAAGAUGAACUUGUUCCAGUCCAUUACAAGUGCCUUGGACAACACGCUUGCUAGUGAUCCGACAGCAGUCAUCUUCGGGGAAGACGUUGCCUUUGGAGGAGUAUUCCGAUGCACAGUUGGCCUGAGAGACAAAUACGGUAAGGACAGAGUCUUCAACACUCCUCUUUGCGAGCAGGGGAUUGUGGGAUUUGGCAUCGGUGCAGCUGCUGCCGGUGCCACAGCCAUUGCUGAGAUCCAGUUUGCCGACUACAUCUUUCCAGCAUUUGACCAGAUUGUGAAUGAAGCUGCUAAGUACCGCUACCGUUCAGGGAACCUGUUUGACUGCGGGAACCUCACCAUCCGGGCCCCAUGGGGUUGUGUCGGCCACGGAUCCUUGUACCACUCCCAAAGCCCCGAAGCCUUUUUUGCCCACUGCCCUGGUAUUAAAGUUGUAAUACCUCGCGGUCCACUUCAGGCCAAAGGGCUGCUGCUUUCAUGCAUUGCUGACAACAACCCAUGUUUAUUCUUUGAGCCCAAGAUUCUGUACAGAGCAGCAGUGGAGCAGGUUCCAGUCGAUUCCUACACCAUCCCUCUCUCGCAAGCUGAGGUCCUACAGGAAGGAAGUGAUCUCACGCUGGUUGCCUGGGGGACACAGAUCCACGUGAUGAAGGAGGUUGCCAACAUGGCUCAGGAUAAACUGGGGGUUUCCUGUGAGGUCAUCGAUCUGAGGACCAUCUUGCCCUGGGACACUGAAACCGUUUGCAAGUCGGUGGUGAAAACUGGACGUUUGCUCAUCAGUCACGAGGCGCCAGUCACAGGAGGAUUUGCUGCUGAAAUCAGCUCUACUGUACAGGAGGAGUGCUUCCUUAACCUGGAGGCUCCUAUAGCCAGGGUCUGCGGGUACGACACCCCCUUCCCGCACAUCUUUGAGCCCUUCUACAUCCCAGACAAGUGGAAGUGCUUCGAUGCAAUCAAGAGGAUGAUCAACUACUAAAGCCCUGUCAGGUUUACAGUAUCGAUGAGCAUCAGAGACACGAUCGGCCCAGAUUUCCAUAUUGGUGCAUCCCAACCUGAAACAGAACCAUCAUCAGAACAUUUACCUUCCUCCUACAGGCUCUUAUUCACUUUAAUACAAGUGAAAAAGAGCUUUUUACAUUCAAAAAAGCUCUUUUUUGAAUGUAAAAAACAUUUUACAUUCAAAAAUGUGAUGAGACAUUUUUGAAUGUAAAAUGUCUCAUCACAUUUUACAUUCAAAUGUGAUGAGAAGGACGUAUGUUGCCUUUCGAUUUCAGUUUUACACAUCGCAUGAUAGAACAGCUGAAAUCUAACCUCAGUUGUGCUAAAGCUCACUUCAGAUUCCACUAUGUCAUAAUUUAUAUCAAAAGCGAACAAAAAUGGGGGGACUUGAGUACGCUCGUACAAUUUUAGAGGGAAAAUAAAUUUUUGAAUUGUAAUCACCAGCAAGUGGAGCUGCCUCCUGAAAAGUUGACUUUGUUGCUAUGGAGCACGAAGAUGUGUUUUAACUCAAUACCAAGAGGGAACAACAUCAACAAUGACCUCAGAGGAGUAAUUGCUUUUCUCCAUGAAUCUUACAAAAGUUGUAAAACCCUUUCCAACCAAUUUGAAGUCCAUAAUUUCAAGCAGAGGUGAUUCACCAGCAGAAGACAUUAAAGAAACUUGUCAGAUUUUCCAGGUGUUGACAUCACAGCGAAUGGCUGAAAAAAACAUGACAAAGACAUGGCACAGGUACAUGUCGGGCUCUGCUGGUUUCAGUUAGCAUGGUGGAUAUUAAAGUCCACGGCAAAAAAAAAAAAAAAAAAACUUGAGCAAGGUUUGCCAGGAGGAAAUAGUUGUAUUAUUUUUUUUCCUGGAAAGAAGGAAGAGCAACUUAGAUUUGCAAUGUUGCGUCUAAAACGAAGCAGAGAUGUUUGGAUGUAAUGCUCACAUAAAUGCCUCGUACCGCCUGUUAAACAUGCUGCUGGAAAAAAAAUUGUCAAUAAUUCGACUGGGGCUGAUUCGAGGUGCUGCAGUAAUGAUGAUAUGGAAUCAGCUGGGCUCAGACUUGAGUACUGGUAGAACCUGAUACAGAUGGGAUGUUUUUAUUAUGCCCUGAGAUGCAAAACCCAAGGAUUUAAAGCUAAAGUAUGUAACUUUAGUAAAAAACUAAUCAGUUUCUUGCAUAUUUGUUAGAACUAUCAUUAUGUCAUGAGAGUCUAAUAUGAGAUGGUUUGUGAAGAAAUCAAGCACCGCUCCCGGUCAACAACCACCAAUCAGAGCCAGGAGGAGGGUCUUACUGCUGUCAAUCAUCAUUGUCAGCACUAUCAUUGCUAAUAGUGGAAACACUAUUUACGGUUCCAGGAAAACCGUUUAUCUGCCGUCAUCGGUGUAAACGCUAACUAGCUUUAGCAUUCAGGACUCUCUCUACAUUUCGAGAAGGUGCUGCAGCAUAGCAGAGCGAGCGUGAUUUGCAGCGCUAAGACCAUCUUGGCUCUGAUUGGUUGUUUCUGACCGAGCUCUGUAGUUCUGUAGUUUUUUUUUAUUAAUGCUAUCUGUUUUGUGUUAUACUGUCAUGACAGAGUAACAGUUUUAGCAAACAUGUGUAGCUGCCACCAAUUAUUAUAUUUUAUUUACUCGUUUCACUGGGGAGUGAUGUCAGAAAUGCAUGUGUUGGAAUCCUCCGCAUCCUUUCUGAUGAGAAACUUUUCUGGGUUUCAUAGGAACUCAUCCUGAGUUACAGCUUUUCAACUCUUGGCUAAUGAGAAAGAAUGACACUUUUAUUAAACCUUUAAUCGAAUCCCACAUGUCGCCUCUCUUCCUCACUUCUCUGCUCAAUCCAGUCCGACGUUUUUGGGGUUUUAUUUUUCUUCCAUCCUCUCCAU